UUGCAUAAAGUGCCCUGUUUCUCAACCUUGCCUGAGUCUCACUAGAGGUCUUCUGGUUGCUUUUGCAGCUUUGACUUCAGCCCAGGAUAGCCCUGCAGCCUUCAAUCAGUUUCACCUUUCUGAGAGCGUGAGCGGAGUGCCCUCUUUAAAAGUGUUUUCUCUCUAAUAAACACAGAGAAACAGACAGACUUUGAGAGAGAUCCCAGAACAGAAUGUGCCUUCCACAAGGCAUAUCAGUCCAAGAGUGCUGCCAAGUAAUCUCACCCAAGUCUUUACCUUAUAUAUCCCCUCAGACCUUAUUACUUUUGGGCUUUUUUCUGACUCGCAGAGCAGUGACAACACCUGCGUUCACUGUCUCCAAUGUUGAACCACUUCCAGGAAGAAACAUGGUGUCUGUUCCUAUUUGUUCUUCGUUGUGAUGUUUUUAGGUAUUUGGAAACAGAGAAUUUGUUGGAACUUUGUGUGUGUGUGUGUGUGUGUGUGUGUGUGUGUGUGUGUGUGUGGUGUGUGUGUGUGUGUGUGUGAAUGAGUGUGUUUGUAUGGGCACAGGCGCUUGCAUGUGUGCACACAUCUGUGAGAUUCAUUAUUCCACAAGUGGAGUCUACAGAUGGAAAAUAUGAUUCAGGAUGAUGAUGCCUCUUUGACUCAGCAGGGAGAAGACUAAAAGAGAGAGAAAGAGAGAGAGAGGAAAGUGAUGAGGAAGAAGAGAGAGAGGAAGGAAAGAGAGAUGAUGAUCCCAAUGGAAGUAGAUGUUUUUGUAUUCCAUCAGGUUUCUCGUCUUUAUCUCAUGAUCUUCUGCAGAAAUCAAGAAAGUCAGUCCCAAACACACACACACACGCGCGUUCGCACGCGUGCGUGAGAACACACACAUCAAGCCUCUCAUUUUCCCCAGGGAUUCAUAUUGAUGCCAGUUUUCUCACUCCUAAAAUAUUGGAAAACUCUAACAGCCAAUAUGAGUGUGUGUGUUCCAAUGUGUGAGUGCAGGUUUGUGUGUGAGCCUAAGUUUGGAGGGUGAAGAGUGUAAAUGAUGUGUCUGGGAAACCUGCAUCAAGAUGUCAACACACACACACACACACACACACAGUUCCUUCCAUCCAGCUGGGUUUCUCGCUGGGAGAUAUGCAGCCCAGUUCAUCGCCAGACAGACGGGUAAUAUAUGGCCCCCGCUCCUGCCUCACACACACACACAUACACACACAUGCAGAAACACACUCUCAAACAAAUACAUAACCACAUUAGAAAUUUCUACAGAACUAACAGAGCUGUCCGCAUGUUCUUCACUCAGAUUCCUCACUCACCAGCCUCUUCCCUGUUGGAAGCCGUGCCGGUGAUCCUCGGUCCGGAUGCCAAGGUGAGAAGGAAACAAGGAGACAAGGAAAUAAGGAAGAGGAAAAGGAGACAGACAUUCCAUCUCAGCCCCUGUGGAGCUGCAGCAGGGACGAGCCUACCAGCCGUGAUUUCUAAUCGUGAAGAAAGGCAGAGCUGCGAGGAGUACGCAGGUAUGCAAGGAAUGAGUCCACUGAGAGGUUUCUCCUGGCUUUUGAUAUCCCUCUAUGCAGCAGCCGUGUGUGCAGGUGUGGGUGGUGCAAAGGUUGACAACGUGUCGUCAGAAAUCUGUCGUCAUCCAUGUGAGGAACUGUUCGAUUUACUCACUGAGAUCCAGGGCCUGCGCAUUGUGACCAGCAACCUGCUUGAAGACCUGGAGAGAGUAACAAGGGAAAAUGAGGAAAUGCGUAUAUCUUUGGCUGAGUUGAGCAACAGCAGCAAUAACAACAACAACAACAACAACAACAGCAGCAGCAGCGGCAGCAGCAGAGGUGGUGGCGGCGGCGGCGAUGACAAUGAUCUUGACAGAGACAGAGACGGGGAGGUCUGGUGUGUGCAGGACGGACGAGUGUACGAGCAGGGGGAGGCUUGGGAAGUUGACAGCUGCACCUCCUGUACUUGCCAGGAUGGAAAGGUAGUGUGUCAGCAGGUGUCUUGCCCUCCUGUAUCCUGCAUCAAUCCAUCCUUUAUUGAUGGAAAGUGCUGCCCUGUCUGUCUCAAUAAUGCAGAUGGCUGGUCCCCAUGGUCUGAGUGGACCCACUGUUCUGUCACCUGUGGACGUGGAGGGCAGCAAAGGGGCCGAUCAUGCAAUGGCAUCAUGCCGCCCUGUUCUGGCCCGUCGGUUCAAACCCGCAGCUGCACGCUGGUGAAGUGUGACCGCAAGGGGCGUGCUAACGGGAACUGGGGCCUUUGGUCUCCUUGGUCUGCUUGUACAACCACAUGUGGAGAAGGAAACAUCACACGAGUACGUCUGUGCAACAACCCUCCUCCUCAGAAGGGGGGCAAAGGGUGCUCGGGCAGCUCCAGGGAGACACAACCCUGCAACAACACACUCUGCCCCAUUGCUGGAGGCUGGACAUCCUGGACCGAAUGGUCACUGUGCUCACAGACUUGUGGAGGAGGCCUGUCAAGCCGCCAGAGAGAGUGCUUGAACCCUGCACCUCAGAACGGUGGGAAGCAUUGUGCUGGAGACGCCAUGGACUAUGAAGCUUGUAACAAACAACCAUGUCCUAUAGACACGUGUUUGCUGUCAAAUCCAUGUUUUCCUGGAGUGAAAUGCACAUCACACAGUGAUGGAUCAUGGGAAUGUGGACGCUGUCCUUUGGGUUUAUAUGGCAAUGGCACUCACUGUGAAGAUGAAAAUGAGUGUGAAGUGGAAGGUGUGUGUGUUACAGAGUGUGUAAACACAGACCCCGGGUUCUACUGUCUGCCUUGUCCUCCUCGCUAUAAAGGAACACAGCCAUAUGGCCUUGGACUGCAGGAAGCCCAGAGAAUCAGGCAGGUGUGUGAACCAUACAAUCCCUGCAAAGACAACACACACACCUGCCACAAAUAUGCUGAAUGUGUGUACCUGGGCCUGGCAUCUGAGGUCUUGUACAAGUGUAUUUGUGCUGUUGGGUUUGCGGGUGAUGGCUUUUCGUGUGGUGAAGACUCUGAUCUGGAUGGCUGGCCCAACAACAGAUUGCCCUGCAAGCAAAAUGCGACCUAUCACUGUCAAAAGGAUAAUUGCCCCAUGCUACCAAACUCUGGACAGGAAGACCUGGACAAGGACGGACAGGGAGACGCCUGUGAUCCUGAUGAUGACAAUGAUGACAUCAUGGAUGAGAGGGACAACUGCCCGCUGGUGUACAACCCUCGACAGUUUGACUCUGACAGAGACGGGGUCGGGGACCGCUGUGACAACUGUCCAUUUGAUAGCAACCCACUGCAGACAGACACUGAUGACAACGGAGAGGGAGACGCCUGCAGCAUUGACAUAGAUGGAGAUGAGGUUCUGAAUGACCGUGACAACUGUCCCUUAGUCUACAACACUGACCAGAGGGACACGGACCUGGACGGUGUUGGAGACCAGUGUGACAACUGUCCCCUUCUACACAACCCACUGCAGCUUGACUCUGACAGUGACCUGGUGGGGGACAUGUGCGAUGAUAACGACGACAUUGAUGAGGACGGCCACCAAAACUCUCUUGACAACUGUCCCUACAUUGCCAACAGCAACCAGGCUGACCAUGAUAAGGACGGGAAGGGAGAUGCCUGUGACCACGACGAUGACAAUGAUGGUGUCCCUGACGACCGGGACAACUGCAGACUGGUGCCCAACAGGGACCAACUGGACUCUGAUGGUGAUGGCAGUGGAGAAGCUUGUUUUGAUGACUUUGACAAUGACAGUAUUCCAGAUGCGCUGGAUCCCUGUCCACUGAACCAGGAUAUUGGGUCUACAGAUUUCAGGAAGUUUCAGGUUGUUUUGUUGGACCCUAAAGGCACAACACAGUCUGAUCCCCUCUGGGUGAUCCGCAGCCAAGGUACAGAGUUGCUGCAGACGGCCAACUCGGACCCUGGCAUCGCUUUAGGAUAUGACAAAUUUAGUGCAGUAGACUUCAGUGUGACGUUUUAUGUGAACACCAACCGAGAUGAUGACUACGCAGGCAUUGUGUUCGCCUACCAGUCAAGUCAGCGCUUCUAUGUUGUCAUGUGGAAACAGGUGUCUCAGGCCUACUGGGAGAAAAGGCCGUCCAAAGCUUUCGGCACAGCGGGCGUCUCCAUCAAACUGGUCAACUCCACCACAGGACCAGGGGAGUAUCUACGCAACGCCCUCUGGCACACCGGAAAUACCAGACACCAGGUCAAAACAUUGUGGCAUGACCCCAAUAAUAUUGGCUGGAAGGACUACACAGCCUACCGCAUGCACCUUAUCCACAGACCCAAGACUGGGUUCAUCAGGGUGGUGGUCUAUGAGGGCAGGGAGAUUUUAGCCGACUCGGGGGCCGUGUACGACCACACCUUGGCUGGAGGCAGACUGGGACUGUUUGUCUUCUCUCAGGAACACGUCCUCUUCUCAGACCUCAAAUAUGAGUGCAGAGAUAACUGAAUUAUUUUUGCUGGGAUCUUCAGGAAACUCUACAACAAGAGAUGCACCAGAGAUGCACAGUAAUUUCAGAAAAUCUAAAUACAACUGAGAGAGAGAGAGGAUGCACCAAGACCCAGGCCUUUAUCCAGCUAAGACUAUCAAUUAGUGACCAUCAUCUAUCAGCUUUUUAUGCUACAUUAUUGAUUUCAGACUGUCUCAUUCGCUGUAUGUUACUGUAGGACUCUGACAGCAUCUCUAAUGACAGCAACUUCUUAUUGCUUUUCAUUUGCGCUUUCCUAAUGGUUGUAAAUAAUUAUUUAUUGCCAGAUGCCAAACAUGAAAGGGAGAGAUGUGUGGAUAAACUGAAGAUGAAUUCAGCAGAGCAGAUGUCUGGUGGUAACUUAUCAA